AUGGGCGGUGCAUUUUCCGGCCCUCCGCCGAAAGUUACGCAGCGCGUGUUUUUCGAUGUGGCCAUCGCUGGGAAGCAGACUGGGAGGAUCGUGGUCGGGCUCUACGGAGAGCACGUGCCGAAGACCGCCGCGAACUUCGAAGCACUCUGCAAGUGCGACAAGGGCGCUCCGCUUUGCUACCGGGGCUCUCCCUUCCACCGUAUCAUACCCGGAUUCAUGGUCCAAGGGGGUGACACCACCAACGGUGAUGGGACUGGCGGGGUGUCCAUCUACGGUGGACGCUUCGAAGACGAGCAGUUUGGAGUGUCGCACAACAAACCUGGGUUGCUGAGCAUGGCGAAUGCUGGCCCGAACACAAACGGAUCCCAGUUCUUCAUUACGACCGCGCCUGCGUACCAUCUCGAUGGCAAGCACGUCGUCUUUGGCGAGGUGCUGGAAGGACAGCAGGUGGUGAAAGCUCUGGAGUCCCACGGUACUGCCUCAGGACGGCCACUGCAGAAGGCGACCAUUGCCGACUGUGGCGUCCUGCCAGACAUCGAGUGA